CGACAGGAGUGUCCAUGGGACGAUCGAUCCCCCUCCUGCCAUGGAUUUUGCUGAUCGUGCGCCUCAGUGCGAUCAGAGAUGUUCUCAGUCCAGACCGGCUCAGCUCGGAGCCAAGAGGGAAGAACAAGCUGACGAGCUGUGAGAAGGAGAAGGAACAGACGGAACGGCUCCUCAAAUCGCUAGGCGUCGCAGGUGAGUUUGCUGGUGACCACUGCACUUGGCCUGGCAUCCGGUGCGACGAUCAAAGCUGCAAAGUCGUUGAGUUUGAGUGCGACACAUGCGUGGGCCGCCUGCCAGACAACAUCGAUCUCGAGCACCUAAGAAAAGUAUACUUCGACCCCAUUUAUUCAAAUGUCACUGGCAACAUUGCAGCCUUCCAAAGCAUGAAGGAUCUUAGAUCCUUGGUCUUGAGCCAUUUGCUCAUUGGAGGCAACAUCAGAGCUUUGCAGUCAAUAUCAGAGCUUGAGGAGCUGGACUUGGGCCACACGCAGGUAGAAGGUGACAUCCAGGUCUUUGCCGCAAUGCACAACCUAUAUCAAUUGGAGCUGCAAAAUACUCGGGUAGAAGGCAGCCUAGAGAUAUUGAAGGCCAUGCCACGCUUGGAAACCUUGAACCUUGCUGCAACAAGGGUCACGGGGGACAUUUCGGCCCUCAUUGCAUUGGAAGACAUCCGCGAAGUAGACCUCUCAGGCACCUAUGUGUACGGGUUCAUGACUGAGUCCUGGGCUGGGAAAUGCCAGAUACUUGAAAUGCUGAAUUUGACAGACACGCGCAUAGGGUGGGCGCACGGAAGCUAUCUGUAUAGCAGAGUGGGCGCGUAUGUUCAGAACGAUAGGAAGGCCGACGACAAGCUAAUUUUGCCGGCAUUGAAGAGCAUCGACCUGAGCAAAUGUGCCCGCCUCUACGUUGACAUUUCCGAUUUGCUUCUGAUUUUGGGAAGGUGCGCAAAGUUGUCACAGAUCAAAGCCAAAAACACUCCCGUGACUGGCAAGCUGGAUUUCACACUGAUUUCUUCAUGGAGCCCUGCUUCCUUUGCCCUACAGACGCUGGACCUGGGUGCGACCAACAUAACUUCCUUGAUUUACGUACCCAACAUGAAGCGGAUACUUGUAGAUGCAAGCUGGAUUCAAUCCCUCCAGGUGAGCACGCCUUUGUUAACAAAUGCGGCGGCGUCAAAAACCAUCCUGGACUUGACAGGGACUCACCUAGGCAACCCAACAGUUGCAGCAGGGCUUCUGGCCACUGGCAAACUGAACAGCACAGAUGGGUUUGCCGAGCGCAAUGACCAGCAGGGAUUUGUUUGCAAAGAAUUGGUCAGAGGGGGUCUUCACGUCACUCCAUCAACGUUUUUGCCAGAAGUGCUGUGUAAGUGCCAACCCGGUUGGCAUGGAACAGGAGCAAACUGUACCAAGUGCCCUGCAAACACCUGGAAAGCCGGAUUUGGUCCAGAGGCAUGUGAGCCAUGCCCGCAGAACAGCACAUCGAAGGCAGGGUCUAGUGAAAUGACACAGUGCAAAUGCGAUUUUGGCGACCUCCAAGGCGGCAAAUGCAGUUGCAAUGCGCAACAUGGUUUACAAGACGACAGCUGCGUGCCAUGUGCCAAGCGGAACUUACAAUGCUAUGAGCCUGGCAGUGUCCUCGCCACAGCAGUGCCAGAACAAGGGUAUAUACGUUUGCACUUUCGGGCCGAGAACGCGCACAGAUGUCUUUCACCAGCAGAAGUCCGGUGCUCUGGUGGUGACAACUGCACGCAAGGCUAUAGCGGCAUCCUGUGCUCGAGUUGUGCCGAUGGCUUUUGGGCCACGGGAAAUCGAUGCCGGAACUGCACUCAGACGAAUUCAACAUCCUUGACACUUGUAACUCUCUUGGCCGCUGCCGCCUUGCUUGUCGCGGUUUACCUCGGCUAUCGCUGGAUGUACCGGACAACGAGCGUUGGCACGUUGCUACAGAACUUGAUGCUGCUUCAAAGCCCCAUCCUGUUGCAAUUGGUUCAGCUGUGGAGCGUCUUGAGCCACCUUGGCACUCGCCAGUCGGGGAACAACCUACCAGAGAUCCCAUACUUAGAAGGCCUGCAAUUGACCGCCACCGAGCUGCAGAAUUCCAUGAACUUGCAAUGUGCUUUCGGCGGCAAGACCGUGCGCGCACUGGCGGCAUUCAGCUCGCCCCUGGUGCCGUUAGGUUUGCUCCUAUGCUGCUCUACCUUGGAGAUCUUUCGACCUGGCUUGGGUGUGAACAUGGCCUUGAAGACGUUGACCCUUUUCUUCAUCGGUGGAGCUUCCAGCACGGCACAGCUGCUUAGCUGUCAGGAUGUGGAUGGAGACGAGCGACCCAUCGGCAUUUAUGCCUUUCGCAGCGCCUUUCCGCAGCUUCGCUGCGCUGACCACAGUGGCCUCGCGUGGUGGGUGGAUGUGGUGGGCUACAGCUGCGCCCUGGCCUAUGGCGUGCUGAUCCCCCUCUUCUUGGCUGGUCUGAUGGUGCGCCAGCACUUUGCUCUUCAGGACGCUCGGCUCUUCUCUGCCUUCGCCAUGGUGGAGCCACCCAAGACCACCAUCCAGGUGAGAGCAUUGGAAGGGGUGCUAAGCCAGGAAGUGCGGUCCGAGCGGUUGCUGGUAGCGGCUGCUGCACAUUUGGCAGUCUAUUGCCGCGGACAGGUGGAGGUUUCUUUACAGAAGGAGGAAAUUAUUUUGACGUCACUUAGAGCCCAGCAGGGCGAGGUAGCAGAGGAGUUGGACCCGAUGAAGUUGGUGGCGGACGCGAAGUCUUCCAAGAACUUGGACAAGUUGAAGAGCCGCAAGAUCGUGGAGAUGUUAACCGAACGGUUGAUACUCCGGGAGACAUCAGAUCGGCUGCUGAAGGGUGCACAGCCGCAGCUUUGCAAGUACACCCUGGGUCAGGACCUGUGGAUGGACGUGGCCAUGAAACUCUUUGCGGUGGCAUUGGUCUCUUGUGUCUCCAUGUCCAGCGCAUGGAAGUGGGCGGUGGCCAUUUGCUUGGGCAUGGCCGUCUUGGUUUGGGUCACCCACCCCUACAUGCAGCCGCAGGUCGGCACCCUGCAGAGCCUGAGCUGCUUCUGCCUGGCCUUGGCUUCGGUAGCCUUCGUUUAUCCCUGCCCCUGGCUGGCACGCGUGGCCUUGAUCGCACCUGUGCUGCUGGUCCUGCUUCAGGUGCGAAGCCCAGACUGCACAGAGGCUUUAGCAGAAAGGUGCUACCAGGACUUGGAGAAAGCACUUCCGAAGCUUAAAGCAGGAAAAGCUCACGAGACUGGAUCCGAAGAUAUGUGGAGUGAGUUUGGGUGGGUGUCAUUUGUGUUCGCACAGCUGCAGAGAUCCACGUGCAGUUGCUCCACCUCUGAGGCUCCUCGUGCCCCACUCGGUUUCACCGCCCAAGACGAAGGCCACAGCAGUCGAAGGCAGCAGUUUCCCCGGAUCUUCAGCUGAUCGCAGACCCAUCCCGCCUUCGGAAAGAUGC